CCUUUAAUCCCAACACCCAUCAACUAAUAAUAAUCUUUGGAUCCAUAACCCAUACAAUCCUAAGACUCUGGAACUUAGGGGUCGGACAAUGUUGUGGAACAUGGCCAAUGUUUGGCCAUGCCUAGUCUAUGCCUUGGCAUUAAGCUUGAUGGCUAAUAUGGUAACUGCAGAUUACGAGCCCUAUUAUCCAUCACCACCGCCACCACCUUCUCCGUAUGUUUACAAGUCCCCUCCACCACCCUCACCCUCUCCACCUUAUGUAUAUAAAUCCCCACCACCACCAUCUCCUUCCCCUCCACCACCAUAUUACUACAAAUCUCCACCUCCGCCAUCUCCAUCACCACCACCACCUUAUUAUUAUAAGUCUCCACCUCCGCCAUCACCAUCUCCUCCACCUCCAUACUACUACAAGUCUCCACCUCCGCCAUCUCCAUCACCACCACCACCACCACCUUACUAUUACAAGUCACCACCUCCUCCAUCACCAUCCCCUCCACCUCCAUACUACUACAAGUCCCCACCUCCUCCUCCUACACAUUACUAUUAUAAGUCACCACCACCACCAUCACCAUCCCCACCACCUCCUUAUUAUUACACAUCUCCACCACCUCCUUAUUAUUACACAUCUCCACCUCCACCACCUUACUACUAUAAGUCUCCACCUCCCCCAUCUCCAUCUCCUCCACCUCCAUAUUAUUAUAAGUCUCCACCUCCACCAUCUCCUUCCCCUCCACCUCCUUAUUACUAUAAGUCACCUCCACCACCAUCCCCAUCUCCUCCACCUCCAUACUACUACAAGUCUCCACCUCCACCAUCUCCUUCCCCUCCACCUCCUUAUUACUAUAAGUCACCACCACCACCAUCACCAUCCCCUCCACCUCCAUACUACUACAAGUCUCCACCUCCACCAUCACCUUCCCCUCCACCUCCCUAUUAUUAUAAGUCCCCACCUCCACCAUCACCAUCUCCUCCACCUCCAUAUUAUUAUAAGUCUCCACCUCCACCAUCUCCUUCCCCUCCACCUCCUUAUUACUAUAAGUCACCUCCACCACCAUCCCCAUCUCCUCCACCUCCAUACUACUACAAGUCUCCACCUCCACCAUCUCCUUCCCCUCCACCUCCUUAUUACUAUAAGUCACCACCACCACCAUCACCAUCCCCUCCACCUCCAUACUACUACAAGUCUCCACCUCCACCAUCACCUUCCCCUCCACCUCCCUAUUAUUAUAAGUCCCCACCUCCACCAUCACCAUCUCCUCCACCUCCCUAUUAUUAUAAGUCCCCACCUCCACCAUCACCAUCUCCUCCACCUCCAUAUUACUACAAGUCUCCGCCUCCACCAUCACCUUCCCCUCCACCUCCCUAUUACUAUAAGUCUCCACCUCCACCAUCACCAUCUCCUCCACCUCCAUACUACUAUCACUCCCCACCUCCACCAUCACCAUCUCCUCCACCUCCAUAUUACUACAAGUCUCCGCCUCCACCAUCUCCUUCCCCUCCACCUCCUUAUUACUACAAGUCACCACCACCACCUUCUCCACCCCCACCUGCUCCGGUCUAUUAUUACUACUCUCCUCCACCUCCUCCUGUUUACUAAGAGAAAGAAAACUUAAUUUUAAGUUCAUGUUACAAAUUAUUGAAGAGAAUAAUGGCUCCAAAUGCAUGAUGAUUCUUGGGGUUCGCUUUCGUUCAUUUUAUUUCAUAAAAGCAAUACAAAGAAGCAGCAUGGAGGGGAUGCUCUGCUGCGUCGUUUGUAUAUAUUUAUAAUUUUUUUUUUCUUUCUCAUGAUCAUAUGAUGUAUUAUCUCUUUUUGUUUUGAUUAUAUGAUUUAAUAUACUGUGAAACAUUCUAAAUAAAAAAGGUUAUGUUAUUGCCUC